AUGCCACGAGUAAAUAAUAGAUUGACAAGAGAGCUUGCCAAACUUACUCAAAAUCCGCCAGAAGGUAUAGCAUGUUAUCAAAAAGAUGAUAAAAUAAAUCAUUUGAUUGUGACUAUUUUGGGACCAAGUGGUAGCCCUUAUGAAGGCGGAUUAUUUAAAUUAGAAGUAGAAGUUGAUGAUUCUUAUCCAUUUGAACCACCGAGAAUAAAAUUUUUAACGCCUGUUUACCAUCCAAAUAUCGAUACCGGUGGUAGAAUUUGUAUGGAUUUAUUAAAAAUGCCACCGAAUGGUGGCUGGAAUCCUACAUUCACAUUAGAAAAUAUUUUUGUUGCUGUACAAUCAUUACUGGGCCACCCAAAUCCAGAUGAUCCGUUGAUGCCGACUAUUGCAAAUGAAUAUCGGUUUGAUAAAAGUGAAUUCGAGAAGAAAGCUCGUGACCAUGUACUGAAACACGCUAAUUCUUAA